AUGCCCAGGCUGUCUGUGUUCAUAGAUGUGAUCUUAGCUCAGAAGCUAGAAGGUGGCUUGUUAAAUAUCUACAAACAAGAUGAUUACCCUCACAAAGUGUUCCUGGCCUACAGAGUCUGCAUGACCAAUGAAGGUCACCCCUGGGUUUCUUUCGUGGUGCACAAGACCCGCCUGCAUAUUGCACAGGACCCCUCUCUGAACUAUGAGUAUCUGCCCACGAAGGGCAUGAAAUCAUUCAUCCAGGCCUCCUUGGAACUCCUCUUUGGAAAACACAGCCAAGCCAUUGUGGAGAACAGGGUGGGGGGUGUACACACUGUUGGUGACAGUGGUGCCUUCCAGCUUGGGGCCCAGUUUCUCAAGACUUGGCACAGGGAUGCUCAAGCAGCUUGCAUCAUCUCAUCUCAAAAAGAACCACAUGGAUUCAUCUUCCAGGACAUGGGCUUCAAGGUUUAUGAAUACUGCAUCUGGGAUACCAAGAAGCUGUGCCUGGACCCCAACAUGCUCCUUGAUGUGGUAGAGAAUAUCCCACAUGGUAGUAUCCUGGUGAUUGGCGACAUUUUCAACUGCAAGUUGACACAAAGUCAGUGGACAAAGCUGAUGUCUACCAUUAAGAGCAAGCAGCUAUUUCCAUUUUUUGAUAUUCCCUGUCAAGGCUUAUACACAGGUGACCUGGAAGAAGAUACUAUCUUCUUACAAUACUUUGUGGCUCAAGGCUUUGAGUUCUUCUGCAGCCAGUCUCUCUCCAAGAACUUUGGCAUUUAUGAUGAAGGAGUGGGAAUCUUAGUUGUGGCGGCACUUGACAACCAGCACCUGCUGUGUGUCCUCUCCCAGCUGAUGAACUGUGCUCAGGCACUGUGGCUAAACCCUCCUGCCACAGGGGCUCGCAUCAUCACCUCCAUUCUCUGUAACCCUGUCCUGCUGGGAGAAUGGAAGCAGAACCUGAAAAGGCUGGUAGAGAACAUCAUGCUGAUUAAGGAAAAGGUGAAGGAGAAGCUCCGGCUCCUGAGGACUCCUGGCUCCUGGAAUCAUAUCACUGAGCAGAUGGGGACCCAUGCCUAUCUGGGACUCAGUCACCAACAGGUGGAAUACCUGAUCAGGAAGAAGCACAUCUAUAUCCCCAGGACCAGUAGGAUCAACUUCACCUGCAUCAACACCCACAACGUGGAUUACAUCACCCAGAGCAUCAACGAGGCUGUGCUCUUCACAAGCGGCGCCGAGAGGGGUUUUCCCAAAGCAGACAAACCUUGA